AUGUCUAACCCUCUCUAUUACAUUGAUAUUGAAUUUUCUAGACUCAUUAAAGAGGAGGAUUAAAAUGAUUGCUUUACUUUAAAAAGAAUAGGAAGAGAUUACACCUUUGAAUUACAUUCAAGUGAUGCUACAAAUAAAAAAUAUAUUAUUGAUUAAUGGACAGAGGCUCUUAGUAGUAUUACAAUUCGAGAAUUAGGCUGCUAAUUUAAUGUUAUCAAAUAAAUUGGAAAGGGCUCUUAUUCUAAUGUAUACAAAGUAGAGAAAGCAGAUGAAAAAAAAUAAAUUUAUGCUCUCAAAGUUCUACGCAAGUAUUAAUUCAAAGAUUAGAGUAUGAGAGAAUAAUUAUUGAAAGAAAUAAGAAUUCAAAGAAAUCUAAAUUGUGGAAACAUUAUAAAAAUACAUCAAGUUCAAGAAGAUGACAAGUAUGUGUAUCUAGUUCUAGAUUAUAUAGAAGGAGGUACACUUCGAGAUUUCCUACAAAAAGGCACAUAAUUUAAUGAAUAGCAAAUCAGACAAAUUACACUUCAAAUAUUAUUGUCGGUUGAUUAUCUUCAUCACAAAAAAAUUAUACAUCGUGAUCUAAAGCCUGAAAACAUACUCUUAAGUUUUUAAGAAGAUUAAUAGAGACCAGAUGCAUUUCUAGCAGAUUUCGGAUUCGCUGUAACUCUUGAUGAUGAAAGCAGUAUUCAAAAUAUAUACGGUACACCAGGCUAUGUUUCUCCAGAAGUUCUUCGAGGAGAGCCAUACACCCAUAAAUCAGAUAUUUUUAGUCUCGGUGCCAUUCUAUUUAAUAUGGUUGCCGGAAGAAACUUAUUUAGUGCAAAGAAUGCUUAAGAAGCCCUUCUAAAAAAUAUUAAAUGCAACAUCGCUCCUCAUAUCUAGGACCUUAAUUGCACUACUAGACUAAAGAAUUUAUUAGAAAAGUUGCUGAGUAAGGAUCCUAACAAGAGAGUUUAUGCUAGUUAAGCAUUAAAUCACGACUGGUUUUCUAAGGAUUUAAAAGUCAUUAGAUACUCUUUGUUUAUCAAUGAAAAUGAAGCAAUAGAUGAAGAAUAAAAAUCAAUAUCUACUGUUAAAAAACAAAAUCCAUUAAUUAAACAUAAGAGCCGAAGUUUUAGAAAAGAGAAACAUAAUACUUCUAAGCUUUAAGAUCAAAAUUUCCUUCAUUUGACUCCAUAAUUAAAUUAAAACUAAUAAUUGAAAUAACUAAGAAAUAAUUCAUCAAGCCUUAGGGAUUUAACAAGUUCAAUCACAAAAUAAAAAUUAACGUAUAACCAAAUAAUGGAUCAUUAUUUGAGCACAUCUAAUAAUCUGAAUCAAUUUUAAUAAACACUUAAUUAAGUCGAUAAGAGUAAAAGUCACAUGAAAGUAUAUUAAAAUGAAUCCUCUUAGAUGAUCAUCAAUUAAAAAGCAUCAUUAUACGGUGAAAAUAAGAUAAUAUCAGAUGAACAGCAACUGAAAUCAAUUUGUGAUAAAAAUUUUCCUCUUGGUAAAGGUAAUUAAAAAAUUAAAUCCUAACUACUUUCUGAAAACAAAGUCCAGGCAGAUUAAAAUGUAUCCUUUUAAAUUAUCCAUCUUAAAGAUGACUUUAAAAUUGAGGAUCAAUAUAUGGAGAGUUAUUAUUCUAUGGAUUUUGAAGAGGGAUUAACACAAGGCACAUAGAAGAUUAUGGAGAUUCAAGAGGAACUUGGCAAGUUGUGCAUUAGAAUGCAUAAGUAUGAGAGCAAGCCAGAAGUUUAGAUGACAUUAAUUAAUGUUAAGUAAGAGAGCAGAAUAUUAAUUAACAAUCAAAAUUGA